AUGGCCAUCAAACGCUCGGAAAGUCCCGCUGCAACCGCCAGCGUAGGCGAAUUAUGGAACCCGGAAGACGCGCAAAGGCUGCUGGAACUACGAGUCCUCCAUGUGGAGCUCACCUGGGAGCAGUUUCACAAGUUGGGGUUCUUCCCUGGUCGAACAAUACAUUCUCUCCGUCGCAAACACGAUAAACUCCUAGCAAAGGCAGCUCGUGCUAGGCAAUUGUCUAAAACUUCGCAUCGCGCGAGUACAGGAACAAUACCGGCGAAACGCCCACUAUCAAACACGGCGCCCUAUCCAGCUCGGAGCACUAAGCGCAGUAGGUCGGAAACUAGAGGGAUGGGAAGUCGGAGUGGCCUUGGAACUAGUUCCAAAGCCAGCGACUACCAAGGCCCGAGCCCCAGCUCCCGUUCCCCUAGCUCUAGCGAAGUGGCUGAUGACCGCCGCGACGACGCUGACGGAGAUGAUGGGGACAUUGACUUUGACGGCAGCAGACGACGGUUAUGUCGUGGCUUGCGAUCGCAAGGCACCGACUCUGAUCACCAGGAACCGCCCCAGGAUGUCACACGUCUAGAGUCGACCUCAACUCCAACAACAACUACUCGUCCCCAACCAGCCUCAGGCGCACCUAGCCGCUCCAAUAGCAGACAUAGUUCCCAUGUCCCAACCCCUACACAUAAUGCAGUACCGUACGAGACAAACCAUGCAGACAGCGGCGCAGUGAAUAACCGUGCUGCCCAUGGAGUUGAUCUAGUCUCGCUAGCAAAACCGUCACCCAUUCUCCCAUGCAUGCGUUUGCAACCAAGCCCGAACCAGUCUCCCAGAAACCACAGUCUACCUCCUAUGGCCCGGUUAAUCCCCAAUCCGCCACCGCCACAGCCUAGAAUCAGUGUCGAGUUGCCUCCUCUCCAGACAGUCCGUCCACCGCCGCUAAGCAGAAUUACGCCGUCGCUUAGCAUAUCUGAAGGACGCUUUGCAACGGUUCAGUCUUGUCUGCCUGCAACAGUCGCGUCGCCCGCCCAAAGGCCACCGCCUCCUCGCUCCGCACCGGAGAAGAUCCCAUCACCCGACUGCAUACCAGCACAAGAUCAACAGCGCACGCGUCAGCAGUCUGUCUCCCCCGCCCGAUUCCUCCGAGACGCGGCGGCAACCCUAAUACAACGUGCCGAGGUGCUCGAGCAACAGAAGGUCCCAGAGGCGAAUAAGCGCGCACAGCUUGAAGCUGAGAAUACCAGACUAAGAAAGCAAGUUGAGGAGCUGGAAGGCACCGUGAAGAAAAGAGAGACUGAGCUUGAGCAGCUCAGAAAAGAGAUGGAGGACAGGAUUGCGGCGCUGAAUAAGAAUGUCGGCGUCCUGCAGGAGGAGCUGGAGAAGUAUGGGAAGCUCAAGGAUGUGCUUAAGACUUUGAUUUAA